AUUAGUCAUUCAUGUCAAUGGGAAUAUGUCCAUCGAAUAAGACAUUCCAAUAAUUUUUAUUAUAUUUUGAUAGAAAAAAGGCAAUUUUGCAAUGAAAUGGAGGGAUCGAAUACAAGAGAAAUCAUUAGCUGUGCAUGUUGUUUGAACGAUAUCGGAGAUGAAGACUACGUAUCGGCACUCGGCCAGGAGUGGCACAGAGACUGCUUUCGGUGCUCAGAAUGUGACGCCCAGCUGACGACAUGGUACUUCGAGAAGAGCGGAAUGCUUUUCUGCCAGGCGGACUAUUGGACGAGAUACGGUGACAAUUGUCAGCAAUGCAGUCAAGUGAUAACCGGACCGGUGAUGGCGGCGGGUGAGCACCGUUUUCACCCGGAGUGUUUCGCGUGUGCUUCCUGCGGGGCUCAUCUCGAGGACACGGAGCCCUACGCACUACUCGAUCGCUCCGAACUCUACUGCGGCGCGUGCUACGCGGAGUGGCUGCGGCGCGGGCGGCACGACGCGCACGCCAUCCGCGUGCUGCGCGCGCCCGCGCACGCGCUGCGGCUGUCGCCCGACACCUGCGGGGCCUUCUUCGUUUCGCACUCGCGGUGCGCGGACAAGGUGCGCGCGGCGGCGCGUGCGUUGCUGCGCGCGGCGCUGCGCGUGUGCCUGCACCUCGCCUGUCGUAGCAUCGACUCAAGCUGCAACAUGUUGACACUACACAUCGGGGACAAAGUGCUGGAAGUGAACGGAACGCCGGUACGGAAUAGACCUUUAUCUGAAAUCGAAAGGGUCCUAGCCAGGCCUGAAAUUAUACAGCUGACGAUCGAGCACAAUCCAGACACAAUAAACGCCAAACGCGGCACCAUAGACGUCCAAAGACAAUCAGAUGAACACAAACUAACGCAAGAAAAAAAAACGCCAGUCGAAAAACAUAUAUUUAAAGAAGACAUAAAGAAAAACAUUCCCAAUAUACAUUCCAAUGACGAAAAGAGUAAAGAAGAAAUAAGAGUGCGGAGAGAGAGAUUAUUUAAAAGGAAGGGGGAGGAUGGGGGCAAAGUGAGGGUGAUAAAAAAGAGACAGAUCCCUUCCUCUCCUCUACUAGGAGAUAAAGAGAGGAGCAGUAGUAUGUCGAAACUGUUGGAUGUCAGUGUGGAGGGCGACGAGGUGGACGGCGUGCUGGGAGACCUCAGCAGGGCGCGCUCGUUCCGCACGCAGGCCGCGCCCGGGCAGGUCUUCCGCGCCUCCGACCUGCUGCAGGGCGAGCUCCUCGGCAUGGGGUUCUUCGGGCAAGUGUACAAGGUGACGCACCGCGCCACCGGCGAGGUGAUGGUGCUGAAGCAGCUGUACCGAGUGGACGAGGAGGCGCAGCGGAACUUCCUCAAGGAGGUGGCCGUGCUGCGCUCGCUGCGGCACCGCAACGUGCUGCGCUUCGUGGGCGUGCUGUACCGCGACCGGCGCCUGCACCUCGUGACGGAGUACGUGGCGGGCGGCACGCUGCACGCGCUGCUGCAGGACGGCGCGCGCGCGCUGGGCUGGGGCACGCGCGGCCGCCUGGCGCGCGACGUGGCGGCCGGCGUGGGCUACCUGCACCGCCGGAACGUCAUCCACCGGGACCUCAACUCGCACAACUGCCUCAUCAGGCCCGGCGAGGAAUUAACGGUGGUGGUGGCGGACUUCGGGUUGGCGCGCAUCGUCCAGCGCACCGCGAGCAGCGCCUUGCCCAAUGCUUCCCUUCGCCGCAAACGAUACACUGUGGUCGGCAACCCGUACUGGAUGGCGCCGGAGAUGAUGAACGGUAACGUUUACGACGAGAAAGUUGAUGUGUUCUCGUUCGGCAUCAUACUCUGCGAGAUCAUAGGUCGCGUGUCGGCGGACCCGGACUUCCUGCCGCGGCGCGGGGACUUCGGCCUCAACGAGCGCGCUUUCCAGGACGCCUUCUGCGCCGCCUGCCCCGAGCCCUUCUACCGACUCGCUUUCCUCGCCUGUCAUCUCGACCCCGACGCCAGACCGCCGUUUGAAGUGAUUGAGAUCUGGCUGGAGUCUCUAGUGAUGCACCUGCAGCGGCCGGGUCCGCUGCCGCCCACCCUGCUGGCCGACAUCCUGCAGUACGCGCACGGCGCCGCCGAACACGGCCGGGCCACGCCGGAGUGCUGCCAGCACUACGGCAGCGGAAUCUUCUACGUCAGCGACCGGCCGUGCGAACACUGCGUCGGACUGCGCCGCACCACGAGCAAGGCUAGCGGGGACUGGUCGCAGGGAGUUAUCAAGUCGGCGUCGAACGCGGCGCUGAAGGCGGGCGCGGGGGGCGCGGGGGGCGCGGGGGCCGAGGCGGGCGCGGCGGGCGCUCGCGGCGGGCAGGCGCUCGGCAAGUGCGUGUCGGCGAGCCACCUGCCGCCCGCGCGCGCGCCCGCCCCGCGCCUGUCGCGCAGCGCGCACGCGCUGGCGCCCGGGUACAUCCUGCGCGCGCACGGGGACUCCAUCAACAUCACCAAGGUGGACGACAUCUCGGAGUGGCUGGAGCCGCCGCCGCCGCUGAAGCGCAGCAGUCCCGACGCGCACCUCAACGACCUGCUCGGUGACAACAAGACGAGAAAGCUCCACGAGGACGGCCAUCUCCCGUGUUUCCUCCGCAACCAAUCCGUCGAAGGUCUGGAGACCACGUCCAAGCACGAGGUCGACUCCGCCUUUCCGUUCUGUAGGCAUCAGAGCAUCCCCGGCCACUGUGAAGAUCGAGAUGACACCGAUUCCUCCGAGGACGACUUCUUUGUCGACUCGACGGAAUCCAAAAUAAACCUCGCUGACAUCGUCAAAAAAGGAGGAAACCUUCUGUCGAAAAAAGCCAGCUACGACGUCACAGAUGUCACGCUGAGACACGAGGGAGAGAGGAAUGUUGACAGAGAUGACUGCAGGAGGUUCAACAUAGAUUACCUGACAAACUUGCCGCUCAUGAUGAAAGCUGUUGAAAAUAUUCCAAAAAAUUCAGAUGCACCCAAACCCGUAGAAAAGACGACUUUCUUCGCAAAGAAAAUUUUAUCUCCCAAACUUAGUAGGCUGUUCAAACCGAAUACAGCCGAAGUGGUCAGGAAGCAGGACUGUGAUGAAUCCAAAGAUGAAAGAUCGAGAAGUAAAUUUUUCAUCCAGCGACCGACUUCUCCCAGUAUAGCGAGAACGAAUCACAGGGUCCGUCCUGCGGAGGAAGAGAAGAAAUCAAAUCUGAGCCAAGAUGUCUUAAAGAGUGAUCUGAAGUUGGCCAGUUUGGGCAAACCUAUGACGCCAAUAUUUCGACGACACUUACAAUCUGAGAGGCCAGACUUUACGGGUAGGUUUAGCUACCGAGAUCGCAGAUACGAACCAAAAACCCCAGAUAAAUAUGAAACCGGUCGAAGUAGGCUCAAAGCCAAUCCGGUUGAGAAGAAAUUGACUCAAUUAAAUCGUAACUCGCAGAACAACGUUCCAUUACUGGCCCCCGUGAUUGAAAAAGAUAAGUUAAGUAUUGAAAAAGAUAAGUUAGGUAUUGAAAAAGAUAAAGAUAAAAUCGCUCCGAAACGUCGCGAGAUUGGUAUAUCUCGUAGUAACUAUGUGAAGUUGGCUAAUUUGAGGAUUAGCAAGGAACUAGGACAGGUGGUCAAAGAGUAAUGUUAGACUGCUCUUUGAUGCAGACGAUGUUAGGUAUUUUCGAAGAAUUAUUUAGUUAAUUGUUUUAUUUAGAACGAAACAUAUUGCAAUGUUGCGUUAAACGAAUGGUUUGAAUACAAGAGCUUAAUUUUUAAUAUAAAUUUAAAAAUAAUAUAACAUAAUUGAUGGUGAUUUAGAUAUAAAAAAUGGUGUGAGUAUAGAGUAUACUAAGGUACAAAGAAUUGAUGUUCAAAUAACCAAUCUUACGCUGUCAUUUGACGCUCGAAAUCUUACGCGUAUUCGUCUGACCUCGAAGCCUCGGUUAAUACGAGAAUUAACCAACCGACCGCUAAGAUGUUUACACAUCAAAAGUAAAAAUUACUUUGGUCUAAUUUCGUUGGAGACCGAAGUAUCUUGCUCGAACUAAGCUUUAUUGCAAUAUGUAUCGUUUUCGGUGCUAUUCCGGUGGCUAACUUGAUGUUAAUUAAUGAAAUAAUACAUUCUUCAUCCGUUAUCUUAGUAAUAUUUGUUAAUUUGAUAAACUUUUAGUAAUGUCCUUGUUGCCACUUCGAACAUAUUGUUAUACAAUUAUUUAAAAUAUAUACAACCUUAAGUUGAUCACCGGUAAUCGUAGCGUAAUUAACGAUGGAGUCCUAUACAUGCAUUUUAUAUUUGAACAAAAAAUGAUAAUUAAUAUUGUAACGAAUAUAUUUUAAAUAAAAGUUUAGUAGGAAAACUUUCAAUAAAAAGAAAACAAAAGUUAUAAGACAGAAUAUUGGUGUAUAGACUCGAUCAUUGCGUAAAAUCUUGCCAAGUUGAAUAAACAACUAGAUAUACAAAUGUUGAAUUGUUGUACUUAUAGAGUUGCUUCGAUUAGCUGGUUAACCAAAAACAUGCCGAGCCACUUUUGUUAAACAUUAGAUUAUAUUAGCGCUUCUACACUUUAUAACCGGCUUUAGAAUAAUCAUCUCGAAUCCGCCAUCUUUGAUUUCGUAAUUUAAAAUCUCGUAUUUAAUAGUAUCUUCAAUUUUAUACAAGCUUAUUAUAAUAUGCUUAAUAUUUUAUAUUAUUUAUACAAUAUACCGAUGCCAAAAUAGAAUAAUUCAUUGAAUCUUAUAAGAAAUAAUUUCUCGCAUUUCGUAGUAUAAUUUAGAGAAUAAUAGUUAUGUAUUCGGACAUUAUUUACCAUUGUUUUGAUAACGUUUCGAAUUAAUAAUUUUACCAUUUUCAUAUACGAUUUUUUUAUAAUCAUGUAUUGUAUAAUAUAAGGAAGUGAAUUUCAGUAGUGCUCACGAUAAACGUGAACUUAAAUGUAAACAAAAGGUUGUAAGUCACAAUAAUAGCCGUGGUAUGAUUUAAUGGGGCGUGUUCGUGUGUGAAAAGUGAUAAAAAUAUUUUCAUACUCAGCUAAAUCAGUCCUUAAGUCGAUCGCUAGAUGUUAGACUGUAAUUACUCAAUAUAUUUAGCGCCAGAAUUAUAUGAGCAUAAGAUAUUGCAGUUUGCAAUGUAUUCAAUACACUAUAAUAUUGAAUAAAUUAAAAACUAUUAAAAAAAUUAUUUUACUAAAGUGAAUUGUGGAUAGUUCUAGAUCUGGUCAAUAUUUUUUUAAUUUAGAAAUCCCAUUACUUCAUACACUGUAAGUAGACGAGUUAUAAUUACGUGUAGGCGGUGCCUUCGUCACAAGACUGCGUAGUGGUCUGCUUAUGUCAACUCUCUUAAUAACCAUACCAGGGCCGGAUUUGGAGUGAAGAACCGGAAACCAGACAUAUUUUUUGAAUCAGUCGAUUUGUAAAAAAAUAACUCGAUAAUAUGAACUUUUUAUCAAACUUAUAUUUGAGCAAAACUUUAAUUGAGGCCUCGGGACUAAAGUUCCUGUCGCCCUCCAAAAUCCGACCCUGACUAGACGCUUAGUGUGUUCUCAUUUGUGCUACAAUUUGUAUGUUUGUUAGUAAAAAUGUAUUUUUUUUAUUUUAUUGUAAUAAUACUAGUUAGUUCAGUUUUGUUUUAAUUAAAAUUCUAAAGUUUUAAAAUAAAAAUUAUAUGAUUUUACAAACAUGCAAAGUGUACUUAAAAUAAUAGUUUUUUAAAAGUUUUUUUUUCACGUAAACUCAAAUGUUUUUAUAUUAAUUUUGAUACCGACUUAGGGUAAUUUUUUGUAUACAUAUAUACAAAUGUUAUAUUAUGAUCCAAUUGACUAUACAUACGGUUUUUGUAAAAAUAAUAAUCAUUUAAAAAGUUUACUAUUAUAGAUUUUAUACUACACGACAACUUUAUAUACAUAAAUGUUUGCCAGUAAAAAAAAAUCAUUUAAGUAAAAUCAUAAAAUUCCGAACCAGAUUAUUUGCUUCAUUUCAGUAGGCUUACGACGUCGUAUCUUAUUAAGUGAAUAAUGAUAUAUUUAAAACUGAUUUAACAAUUAUUUUUUAAUAAAAAAGACAUUCGCAAUUUAAGUUGGCCGCGGUCUGAAAGUAGCCACAAGUGGGUAAGCUGAUAGUUUAUGGGCGCGGAUACUUACACUAGUAUUGCGAACUUGUACAAUUACGUUCGUUUUCGACAACCGCUUCCUUUGACUGUAACGGUGAGUCUCAUCUUCAUACUGAUCAAGUUAGAAAAGCGCGUAAAAGAAUGUCUAUGAACUAAGUGUGUCAUACCAUUAGGUAGCUCGUUUGCUUUUCUGAUAAUUAUUUAUAAAAAAAUAUAUUUGUUAUUCUAAAGAGGCGAUAUGACGUUUGAAGUAAUUAAGAAUAUAUAUUUUUUUUAUUUAAAGAUAAUUCAAUUUAAUUAUUAUUAGAAUUAAAGCCUUACUUUAAAAAUUAACAAAAAUAAUUGAUUAACAUUCUGAAUAUUCGUUUUACGUUUUUUUAUAAGUACGUAUUUUUAAGUCUGAUUUUAUUCUGACACAGGGUGCCAUUUUUAUUUUAUAAUGUAUCAUAAGGUCCGGUGGUUCAAAAUAAACAUUAAAUGUUCUUAAGGUGCAUUCAGACAAUUUAUUUUAUUUAAUAACUAAUAUUAAUUUUUGAUAUUUUUGCAUGUUAUGAGCAAUCCAUUUCUAAAUUGACUGAUUGAUUGAGAACCUUGAGAGUAUUGUCUACGUAACUAACACAAUGGGCUAUUUUUAAGAAAUUCUACACCAACCUCACUGUUUAUAAGCAGGAAUCUAAAUUAUUCUAUCUUGCUAUUUAUACUACGAAGAAAAAAAAACAAAGUUUAAAGAUUUAUUUAAUGUUUAGCGUGUAUUCUAUUUUUAAAAUUAACAAAAAUCUCUAAAAAUAUUGUAAAUGGAAGAGUGGGCUUAACGCAUCUUAAUUAUCUCGACAACAGGUCGUGCUCAUGUUUACUUUAUCUGUGAUACAUUUUGUUUGUAAAACGUCGCAAUAACAAGUAUUAUAGGUGUCUUAUAGUUUAUAAAGGGAUAAAUUAAUUUUAAUUGCGAAUGACAUUAACACAUUAACCGCAGUAACAUCGGCAUCUCCGUCUCCCUGCAUUCCAGACGCCUUUAGUUGUUUGUAAGUACAAAGAAUAAAGGAGUAUAUUAA